AAUCUCUAGGCUGACUGAAAGAGAAGGUUAUAUGCCUAUGCUAGCUGCGUUUGUCAUUGACAUUUGGUUCACCAUUGUCUAUAGUGCUUAUUUUAACAUGUAAAACAAGGUUKAUUUUCAAUGGGCACUGAAUAGCUKAAAUUGGUUGAUGGAAUUUGUCUGCUACCAGCAUUUUGUCCGAUUAAUUAAGAACGGUUUUCUUGUGCUAUUCUUAGAAAUCAACUCGGUGCAAACAAACGUCAUGGUUUGACAGUAUGGCCUGGGAAACUGACCUGAACGUUUAUUUUGUUUUCGAAUAAUAUAACCUACUUUCAGCUGKCAGCAUCAAGCCAAAGGAACUGAGGAUUGUUUUCACCCGGAAGAAGACCCGCGAGGACAUGGGUGGCAAAGUCAGUAGCAAAAUGGCUGCAGUUGGACGGGUGGUACAGGUACGCUUGUCAAACUUGGAUAUUUAUCGCUCUGCAACAACACUUGUAACUCAAGCUGUGAAACCUCAUGCUCCGCUAAUGAAGUUUCCCAGCAGAGAGGGGGUCCCCAGGCUGAAUGUCCAAGAGACUCUUAAAACAUUAGCAGUCGGCUCUCCUAGUUCACCGCCGCUGUUAUCGAGACCCCCCGGACCUGUCACUCUACUCUCUGGAACCCCAGACAGUGUGGCCACAGUGAAGGAACUCCCCCAGAGAUACCGCAGGAGGGCAUUGGAAACAGACGAGAUGGACUAUAUUCAGCGUGGUGGACCAGAGUGAUGUUAAGUGACUCCGUGAAUGCAACCAAAGUCCUUACCUGUGGAAAUAAGUUUGUGUUUUUGCCUAAUUUUGUUCCCCAACAAGAGAACCUGCUGCCACACCUCAGACGUCAUGCAGAAUAAAGAUACUAUAAUAACUGAAACUGUACAAAUAAAGUAUAUUUUUAAAGAUGUGA